UCCCGGCCGCUUGCGGACUCCGGGCCCCGGCGGCUCAUCUCCGCUUCGUCCCGGACUACCGGUUUCGGGCGGCGGCCUGGCGGCCUGCGGACGGCGAGUGGGCCGAGACCAGACCGCGCGGCCCCCGCCUCCCCCUGCCCGCCCCGGGCGGCGCCAUGGCCGCAUCGCCGGGCUCCGGCAGCGCCAACCCGCGGAAAUUCAGCGAGAAGAUCGCGCUGCACACACAGCGACAGGCCGAGGAGACGCGGGCCUUCGAGCAGCUCAUGACCGAUCUCACCCUGUCGCGGGUUCAAUUUCAGAAGCUCCAGCAACUGCGCCUUACACAGUACCACGGAGGGUCCUUACCAAAUGUGAGCCAGCUGCGGAGCAGUGCCUCAGAGUUGCAGCCGUCGCCCCACCUCACCGACAGCCUACGGGGCACCCGACACCACGGGCUGGUAGAGAGGCCAUCCCGGAGCCGCUUCCACCCCCUGCACCGACGGUCUGGGGAUAAGCCAGGACGACAAUUUGAUGGUAGUGCUUUUGGAGCCAAUUACUCCUCGCAGCCACUGGAUGAGAGUUGGCCAAGGCCUCCUUGGAAAGAAGAGAAGCAUCCUGGAUUCAAGCUGACAUCUGCCCUUAACAGGACCAAUUCUGAUUCUGCUCUUCACACGAGUGCUCUGAGCACCAAGCCCCAGGACCCCUAUGGAGGAGGGGGUCAGUCGGCCUGGCCCACCCCAUACAUGGGUUUCUGUGAUGGUGAGAACGAUGGACACAGGGAAGUAGUGUCUUUCCCUGGUCCACUGAAAGAAGAGAAUCUGGUAACUGUUCCCAAGCCACUGCCAAAACAGCUGUGGGAGACCAAGGAGAUUCAGUCCCUGUCCGGGCGCCCUCAAUCCUGUGAUGUCGGAGUUGGCAAUGCUUUUCCACAUAAUGGUCAAAACACAGGCCUCUCACCCUUUUUGGGGACCCUGAAUACUGGAGGGUCAUUGCCAGAUCUGACGAACCUCCACUACUCAGUGCCCCUCCCAGCCUCCCUGGACGCCAGUCACCACCUUCUUGGUAGCAUGAGUGUGGGGAGCAGCGUGAGCAACCUCCCGGCAGCCAUGACCCACUUGGGGAUCAGAAGCUCCUCUGGUCUCCAGAGUUCUCGGAGUAACCCCUCCAUCCAGGCUGCGCUCAACAAGACAGCACUUUCCUCUUCUUUAGGCAGCCACCACCAGACACCUGUUGCCAAUGCAUCCGCUCUGCACCCCUCACUCCGGCUGUUCUCUCUCAGCAACCCAUCUCUCUCCACCACAAGCCUCAGCGGCCCCUCUCGGAGGAGACAGCCGCCCGUCAGCCCGCUCACACUUUCCCCUGGCCCCGAAGCACUUCAAGGUUUCAGCAGACAGCUCUUGUCAACCAGCCCACUGAACCCUUACCCUGCCUCCCAGAUGGUGUCCUCAGAUCAAAGCCAGCUUCCUUUCCUGCCCACAGAAGCCCCAGCCCAAGUAUCCCCACCGCCCCCAUACCCCUCAUCCCCUGAGCACCCCCAGCCUCUGGCCCAGCAGCCCCACGCCCGGGAGUCCACUGCCCAGCAGCCCCAGGUGGCCUCUUCCCUGCCACAGCCAGACUUCCAGCUUCUCAACUCCCAGGGCUCACCUUUGACCAACUUCUUCCUGGAUGUGGGCUAUGACCAGCAGUCCAUGAGGCCAGGCCUGGCCUUCUCUCAGCAGGUGUCCCUGGUACAACAAGGUCCCCGGGAGCCACAGGACUUGUUUCAUUUGAGACCAAACCUUUAUUCCAACUGUGGGAAUUUCCCCAACACCAUCCCAACAGAGGACUCAAGUGCUAGCCUGUUCAAGGACCUCAGCAGUGCACUGGCAGGCAUGCAGGACGUUGGCCUGAGUGGGGACACUGUGUUCCCUUUGGAAGAGGAGCUCCAAAUUGAGCCCCUGAGCCUGGAUGGACUCAGCAUGCUAAGUGAUUCCAGCAUGGGCCUGCUUGACCCCUCUGUGGAAGACACAUUUCGAGCUGACCGGCUAUGAACAGAAUGUGACCAGACAGGAGAAUUGUUUUCUGGAACAGCCGGAACAUAAUAGAAUGGGACAGAAUGGACCCAGCUGGUCCCCUGGGCUUUAGUCACCUUGACAUGGGAAGGAGCCCAUUCCUACAUGCAGCUCCAGGCUUUCAGGAGAGAUCCCACCUCAAAUGCGGUGGCUGCUUCUCCACCACGGAGUGACGUGCUGCCCCAUAGGCCUGCGCUGACAGAAGUGCCAUAAGAGCUGCCUACAAACUGCCAGCCCAGCUCACCCCCUCACGUCUUUUUAUUGGCUGGUAGGUCACCAUGUAAAAGUAGAAAAUACUGUGCGAUGGGGUGAGGCAGCACCAUGUAGCCUCAGAGCCACUGAUCUCAGCACUGAUGAGGACCUGGCACGGGCGAGUGGCAUGGCCAACCCACAGGCCUUCUCCAGCCUGACCGUGGGUAGGGUGCCCUCCAGUCGGGGACAUUCCAGAGCUGAGCAGAGAGCUGGGGCUGUUUCAGAGGAAGAAGUUCCACCACCAGUUCAAGGACAGGCUUGGGUUAGGCAAACCGAAGAGAAACGUGUUUUCUCCCAGUUGUAAUCUUGUUUCUGCUGCUUCACCACACCUUUCCUAAAAGUCAGGAGGAAAGCAAGACGGUUUUACCCAGUCGGUAAAAAGGGUUCCCUGGCACCAGAUGAACCUGAACAGAACGGCGCUCCUCCCUGGUAGCAGGGGAAGAAAGCCGGGUAGGUGGGGCAGGUGCCAGUCUCACCGACACACAACAUCUUCCUGACAAACUGCAGACGGGGACAGCCCCAGCUUCCUCCUGAGCCCAGUGCAAGGAGCUGCUGACCAGACCCAGCAAUUGAGCUUCCCCAUCCCUCCCCAGAGCUGUGUCUCUGUGGACCAGGAGUGAAAUGUCACCACACUGGACUGUAAGCUCCUCGGGCAGGGAUGGUUCCUUAUUCCCUAAGGAGCCCUGGUACCUAGCAAGUGCCUGGCAUACUGUGGUGCAGCAGGGUCAGUGCUGUGGAUCUGUGUGUGGAACGUGUGAGUGAAUGGCUGAGUGAAUCUGCUGUGCCAUGAGGCAGCCUAAUUUCUCACUGUCCCCGUCCCCGUCCCCAUCCCCAUCCCCUGCCAGCUCCUCUCAGACCUUUAGCUUUUCUUAACCCUCAUGCUUGUGGUUGAGCAUGCAUUCUAAUAUGAUUUUCACACCUGGGGGCCAGAUUUACGGUCUGGCUGGGUACCCUGCACUCCUCAGGUUGCGCUCCACAGCAAGUAGGUGAUGCCACCUUCUCAGUACAUCCAGGCAAACUAAGGCCACCUAGGUGUGGGGCUGAGGGAUCCUGGCCAGGCCCCCACCUCAAAAGAUCUCUCCUUUCUAAUCCUCUAAAUCACCUUAUGUAGAGAUUCAUUCUUUGAGGUUGAAGAAAUAAUUUAUAAUAGAAGAAAGCCCUAAUUCACGGAGCUGCCAUUAGUCAUUAACACCCUAUCCUAAAAUAGUUGGGCAGGUUUCCACCACCACCUGCCUCCCGGCUUUCUGGGUGAGGUGGCCUCCGAAUCACAACAUGCAGAUGGAUUUGAAGGGACAAGACUGAAGGGGAGGCCGUAAGCAAGAGAAGGCAGGGUGGGGACAGGGGAGCUCAGAAGGUACCAGAACCUUUGCUUAUAUAGCCACUGCCCUCUCAAGAGUCCUAGGAGUGUCCCCAAUGGUCACUGGAUUGCUGCCACCCAGACAAGCACAAUGAGUCUGACACAUCUGGUAGAGCAAGAAGAGUCUUGUCACAAGGCCCUGGGCUGGUCAGCCUCUCCAGCUCAUUGCCCUUGUCCCAUCAGAGGCCUUGCUGAUGCCCUUUCAGAUGUCUUCACAUGGUGCCUCUCUGCCCUACCUUACCCUGUCCGCCCAAUGCUGCUGCUUCAUAUCUGCCCAGAGGUCACUCACUGCUGAAUUGGGACAUCAAACUGGAGUUCUCUUUGCCAGAUCCCUGCCCUGGGAAGGGCUGUUGGCCUCCCUUUGCAAGCCUUACUCCUGGUUAAACUCUCAGAUCCUUAGCUUGAGAUCUCAGAGGGGGGUGACUUUUUGUUAAAGUAAAAGAGCCUUUGGUGGCAAUGCUACCAGCACUUCAGUGUGCUGAAAGAAGCCAGCUCUUAUAUGAAAGACCUCCAAAUCCCAUUUCACUUUUCUGACAGGGAGUGGUGCUGAUGUUCUAAGAGUUUUAAUUUUUUAUUUAUUUAUUUUUUUUUUUUUUGAGACAGAGUCUCACUUUCACCCUCAGUAGAGUGUCAUGGUGUCAUAGCUCACAGCAACCUCAAACUCUUGGGUUCAAGCAAUUCUCUUGCCUCAGCCUCCCAAGUAGCUUGUAGAACAAGUGCCUGCCACAACGCCCAGCUAUUUUUAGAGACAGGGUCUUGCCCUUGCUCAGGCUGGUCUCCUGCAAGCUCAGGCAAUCCACCCCCCACGGCCUCCCAAAGUGCUAGGAUCACAGGCAUGAGCCACCAGGCCCAGCCAAGAGUUUUGAUUUUCGAAAAAGAAGUUGCAGCAUUAUCCAUUUUUUUCUCUAGUGCCUUACCGGUGGGCAUCUUGUCCGGGGCCCAGUUCACUCUGCAGCAUCUGUGCCUGGCAGCAGGAGACCCCCCCAAGGCCUAAAUGAAUUGCAGGCCCCGGGGCAUCUCCAGGGGACUUGUGGUAAUGGAGGCUUUCAAGGGAAAUGACUGGUUCCAGGAAAUAACAUUGAUGAUGACAGUGUGGUUAGUCCUGAAUUAAGUUCGUCCUUAGAUCUUUCAGUCCCACCUUUCAUCCUGAGAAGACUUAGGGCAGCAGUUCUCAACCCGUGGAUUGCGACCCUUUUGGACUGUAUUAAAGGUUCACGUCAUGAGGAAGGUUGAGAACCACUGACUUAGGGCAUCACACAGCCCUCUUUGCUUGUGCCUCAAGGACAUACCAGGACACUGUGGCCUCGCCCUUUAGCACAAACCUGCACUCACUGCUGCCUUUGGGACAAGCCCAUUGUGGGCCUCAGCAUUUGAAGUGGAUGAUACUUCAGAAUACACUUACCUUUCAAUCCUCAGCUUUGUCACCAGACAUCCCUCUUGGGCCCCUCUCACGUACUAGCAGUUAAACAGUACAAAACUAAACCCGCCUGCAGUUUCCAUUUUUCCUUCCUGUAUGGUUAUGGUUUUAGGGUGUAAGGUGUUAGGAGAAAGUUGAUCAUGUCAAGAUAAACAUAAAUUCUCCUUUGUCCUCUUUCAUUUCUCCUGAGUCUACCAUCUAUCACCUGAACUGGUGUUGUCUGUUCAAGUCCAUGCAUGUAUCUGGAGACAGUUCCCACUCUGACUCUCUUUGGCUCUCCUGGUCUGUGUGCACAUGGUUCUGAGCAGGUUUCCGUUGCUCCACGGACAGGGUCAUCACAACAGCUGAUCAGACUUCCUGCCAGUGGGCUAACCCCCGGGGGUCCCUGUGAAACAAUAUUUAAAGAUUGGAAUUUGUAUGAAGUAGUUUCCCAGUUUUAUAAUGCAUCAUUUUACAACUUUCAUAAUUAAAAGCAGCACAAUAAGGUUGUAUCUGCAUUUGGUGUUUUUCUUCAGCUCCAGGUGAGGCUCAGGUGGGGGCCUCUGGCCACCUGCCUGCUCAGCCUGCCUUCAGGUGAACAGGCCUCAACCCACCCGCUGCCAUACUCUCUCCCUGCAGGGGCACUCGCUCAGCUCCUUCCCCUGCAGCCUUCUGCCUCCUGCAGGCCCCUGCCCUACCCUGGUCCACCUCAGGUUCUGUCCUAAGCUGGCCUCCAGCCCUGCCCCAGCGGGGUCCACAGCAAACCACCAUACCAUACCCACUGCUGUCAUAAAGGCAUUGUCCCCUGAAAUCUUACACAGAAAUGCCAUUUCUGCCCCCAACUUCCCUAGCCCCAAUUUUUGCUCUGGUUUACACACAUCCCAUUCUUUGACCCCACUGAGAACUCUGUCCUUUGUUUCCUCUUCUCUGAGCCUACCUGUCCUCUCCUGGCUACUCUUCCAGCCUGGUCCACCGGUUAGUGGCCUCCCUAUCACCCUCAGCUCAGUGCUGCUCUGACCUGCCACCACAUUUGCUGCUGGGGUCCUGUUAAGCCAAUGCCAUACUGUCUUCUAACCCAGCGCUCUGUCAGCCUGUGAAUGUGCCUCAGUCCUCCUUCCUCAGCCCCAGAUAGUUCUGGGGACAGCUCCCAUCCCUUCCCCGUCCACAGCCCCUAUCUGCAGACUUCCUCUGACCAACUCCAUGCCAGAUUCCUCUAGCCCUAUUCUAGUCUUGUCCGAUGUCAAUCCCUGUCCUACUUGACCCUUCCCUGACAGUUAAACUUUGGCCACUCCUUUGCCCCCUCCCAAUCCUUUCUUGGGCUCCAGUAAGCCCAGGUCACACAUCAGUCACCCAUGUGCAUCCUGUACCAUCUUCAGAUCAGCUAUCCCUAAGCCUGUCCACUCCUCCACGCUGUCCACUCACAUUCAGCCCCUUACCCCACCUGCCUGUCGGCUCACUCCCCCUCACUGCCUCAUCGGUCUGUAUGCACCGGCAUGCAUUUAACUCUAUGAGGACAGUAUUCUACAUCAUCAGAGCUGGGAACAUAGUAGGUGCUCCAUACUUUCCAGCUGUGACGCUGUCCUCCCUCUCUUAAAUCACACCCCCACCACAAUCCCUAAGACGGAGAGCUGUUUUGCAUGCUCCUCCUCUACCUCUCCAAUCCAGUCUGAGUCCUGAUGGCUGCCUGGGUCCCUUCCUGUCCCCCUCACCUGUGCUGGCCUGGUACCUGCCCUCAGAACUUAGCAGUAGGACAGACACAUUUGCCUUAAUCUCUCCGUGCUUCCGUGUCCUCCAUGUCCUCAUCUAUAAAGUGGGACAGUGAGCAUCCCCCUUCAUGGUGCUGUGAGGGUGAAAUGAAACCCCACAAUUCAGACAUUUAGAAUAGUGCCCCAAACAUAGUAAACAGUAAAUGGCAAUUGCUGGAAGUAGCCAUUAUUUGGCGCAUGAAUAUGCCAUAUUUUCAAAGACAUACAGAAUCGCUUAAGGACACAGAGCUUUAGAAACAUUGACCUGUGUACUUGUAUUAAUAAAUCAC